AUGGGGCACCCGCCGCUGGAGUUCAGCGACUGCUACCUGGACAGCCCGGAUUUCCGCGACAGGCUCAAGUGCUACGAGCAGGAGCUGGAGAGGACCAACCGCUUCAUCAAGGACGUCGUCAGGGACGGGGCCUGCCUCAUCGCCGCCAUCAGAGGUUACUCCUCGGCGGUGCAGAAGUUCUCCCAGACCCUGCAGUCCUUCCAGUUUGACUUCAUCGGGGACACGCUGACGGACGACGAGAUUAACAUCGCCGAAUCCUUUAAGGAGUUUGCCGAGCUCCUCCGGGAAGUGGAAAACGAGAGGAUGAUGAUGGUGCAGAACGCCAGCGACCUCCUCAUCAAGCCCCUGGAGACCUUCCGCCGGGAAGAGAUCGGAGUCACCAAGGAACGCAAGAAGAAAUUUGAGAAGGACGGCGAGAGGUUUUACUCCCUGUUGGACCGCCACCUAAACCUCUCGUCCAAGAAGAAGGAAUCCCAGUUACAAGAGGCUGACCAGCAAGUGGACAAGGAAAGGCGCAGCUUCUUUGAAUCAUCCCUGGACUAUGUGCACCAGAUCCAGGAAGUCCAGGAGUCCAAGAAGUUCAACGUGGUGGAGCCGGUCCUGGCCUUCCUGCACAGCCUCUUCAUCUCCAACAACCUGACCGUGGAGCUCACUCAGGAUUUCCUCCCGUACAAGCAGCAGCUGCAGAUCAGCCUGCAGAACACGAGAAAUCACUUCCUGAGCACCCGCGAGGAGAUGGAAGACCUGAAGGAAAGGAUGAAGGAGACCCCUCAGACCUGCAAGCUGCCCGGCCAGCCCACCAUCGAAGGCUACCUGUACUCUCAGGAGAAAUGGGCGCUGGGCAUCUCUUGGGUGAAACACUACUGUCGCUACAAGAAGGAGACCAGGACGCUGACCAUGACACCCAUGGAGCAGAAGCCUGGGGCGAAACAGGGCUCCUCAGACCUCACGCUGACGCACUGUGUGAGGAGGAAGACGGAAUCCAUCGACAAGCGGUUCUGCUUUGACAUAGAGACCAGCGAGAGGCCGGGGACGCUGACGCUGCAGGCGCUGUCGGAGGCCAAUCGGCGCCUGUGGAUGGAGGCCAUGGACGGAAAGGAGCCCAUUUACCACAGCCCCAUAACGAAGAGGGAAGAGAUGGAGCUGAAUGAUGUGGGCUUCAGGUUUGUCCGAAAGUGCAUCAACGCUGUGGAAGCCAAAGGGCUCUGGACGGAAGGCGUUUACAGGACGGUGGGAAGCAACCUCCAGGUGCAGAAGUUGCUCAACGCUUUCUUUGACCCUCGGUGCCCGGGAGAGGUGGAUCUCCAGGACAGUGACUGGGACAUCAAAACAAUCACAAGCUCCCUGAAAUUCUACCUCAGGAACCUUUCAGAACCCGUCAUGACCUAUAAGCUCCACAAAGAGCUCGUCUCUGCUGCCAAGUCGGAAAACCUGGACGAGCGUCUGGGGGCCGUCCACUCCCUGGUUUACAAACUCCCCCCCAAGAACCGUGAAAUGCUGGAACUUCUCAUCCGCCACCUGGUCAGCGUGUGCGAGCUGAGCCGGGAGAACCUCAUGACCCCGGCCAACAUGGCAGUGGUGUUCGGGCCCACGCUCAUGCGGGCCCAGGAGGACACCGUGGCCGCUAUGAUGAACAUCAAAUUCCAGAACAUCGUGGUGGAAAUCCUCAUCGAGCACUUUGGCAAGAUCUGCUCUGGUCCCCCCGAGGACAACGUGGCCCCGCCGGCUCCUCCCCCUAGGGUCUCAGCUCGGAGGCACAAGCCCAUCACCAUCUCCAAGCGGCCCCUGCGGGAAAGGGCCGAAUUCUACUGCCCACCCCCUGCGCCUGCUGCCCAAAACCACGGGGACCACCAUCAUCGGACGGUGAACGGCAGCCUCUCCGGCAGCCUGGAGCCACCCAGGCCCCAGAAGCAGCCGCCUGGCCCGAGGCCCCGGGAGGGGGACCCCAGGGGACGGUCCCCGAGCCGGCCCGCCCACGAAGCCCACCCGGAGCAGAGCCCGGAGCAGAGGCCGGGGCCGAGGUUGCCCGAAGGAGCCAUCAGGCCGCCCCCAACCAGAGCACCAAACGGCCUGGGGACGGAGCCCCCCAGGAUCCCCUCCCUCCACAUAAAGAGGCCCGCCCCCAGGCCCCUGGCCCACAGCAAAGAGGGUGACGCUGAUGCUGCCGGUCGACUGCGCUCCCCGGGGGACAGACCGGCCCUCACCCGCCCCCCCAUGAGGCCCCCUGACCCUCCUGCCCGGACCCUCGUUCCCCAGAGGCUGGAGCAGAGGCCAGAGCCGACGGCCGGGGGCACCGAGGGCAUCCCGCCGUCCGUGGUGGCCUCCAGGACCAAGUUCUUCGAGACAGCGUCACGAAAGCCUGGGAGCCCCUCGCCCGCCCAAGGCAGACUUCCCGGAGACGAGAGUUGAGACGAAAGGCGUGACCCCCGGAUCCUGGCUGGCCCAGGAGCCUCCUUCCUGCUUCCCGAAGGGCCUCCCGGCCGACCUGCUCCCCGGGACCCCCGCCGCCUGUGGGAUGUGGCAGCGGCAGCCGGGGUCCGGGACCCUCCCAAGACCCCCAAGUCCUCCCUCCCUCCUCCGGCCCCAGCAGUCAUCCCGCAAGCCCGCAGAACGACGACGUGGCUUCUGUGAGGACUGGUGGGCUCUCGGCCCCGGGAUGGACCAAGAAGAGACCCCCAGAGCCGGGCUUCGAUGGUCUGCCCGCUCGCCCACCUCUCUGAGCGCCCUAGGAGAUCGGCCAGGCCCCCGCGGAGGUGGACGCCUCUGUUUGGAUGGAUUCAGAACUUUGCACCGACCUGGCCCUCCUCGGGGAAGCCCAGAUGGACAUGGGGGAGCUCAGAGAGCUCUCAUUUCAUGUGAAGGGACAUGAGAGACCCCAGCUGUGCCUGGAUUAAAGCCACACCCUGUCCAGCCCUGCCCAGCCCCUCUCCCGGGAAGCCUUCCCCUGGCCGUGGGCUUCCACAAGACGCUUUCUGCUCUGGACCCAUGGCCCUUGGGCCUCUGGGGAGUACGAGCACUGCGGGAGCCCGUUCAGGAGCAGAUGGACCCGUGGGAGCCAAGCUGACCUGCAGGCGGGGACGAGUCCCCUCCCAGGCUCCCUCGCCCAUGUGGCUUUUAGCUCUCCCAUUGCCCGGGCGGGUGUGGAACCAGUUGGGCCCGGGACUCCCUCACGUGACCAGAUCCAGCUGUCUCGGCCUCGCUUCCUGCGGGACCAGGGGAGAACGAGAAAUUGGGAAAUAUUUAGAAGGUGCUGGCAGGCUGGGACAGCUGCCACCGAGGCUGGAGACUCCUUAGCCAUGAAGCGAGGAGAGAGGGAGGGCGGGGAGACACUGGGGCCUGGCCGGGAUUGGGGAGCACAAGCGGAGAGGGAACUCAUUUGGGAGCACGUGCCAGAUGGGAGCAUGUUUGGUAAGGGCACAUGUUGGAGGACAUACAACUGGAAGAAUGUUUGAAUCCCGGGCCCUCCCACAAGGCCGGCUACUCAUUCGGACCAGUAACUUCAAACCUGGAGCAGUCAUUCCAAUGGAUUUACGUGAUAGCCAUUUCCGAGGAGUCCCAGGGCUGUUUCCCGCCCCUCUUCUCUAUGGAAAAGGAGGAGGGGAUAAAGAUGGGGCGGAGGAGGAGAGGCGAAAAUGGAAGAGGGGAGGAAGAGUUCGGUCCUCAGGACAGCUAGCCGCUGCCACCCCCGUGACCAAUGCCGAGGUCCUCCAGGUGACCGCAGCCUCCAACAUGACCCCGAGAUGAGUCCAGGCCUCGGCCUCCUAGUGAGGAGGGGCAGGGCCGGUCCCUUCCCCAUUAGUCUCCCCAGCCACGGCGCUCUUCUCCAACCCAGCCCUGCCCCACCACCCCAUUGGGGUCACCAAGGGAGCCCACCUUCACCUGCUGGGGGACACCCACUCUCAGCUGAGCAAGGCCUGGGCAGAGGGAGGAAGAUGAAGAGAAGGACACUCUAAAAGGCAGCGUGGCCUAAGUGGCUAGAGCACAGUA